GAGAGAGAGAGACUCGCCGCGAGAGAACCGGCAUUGCUCGCGGACCGUCCGCGGCGCCGAUCGACGCUCCUUUCGAGUUCCUUCCGAUAAACGCGGCAUUCGCGAUCUAUCGAUCGCACGGGUGACCGCGCAACGAUCGUUCCCCGACGGUGUGCGAUUGUGUGGUAGCGGCGGCAGCAACGAGACCGGAGCGCUUACACACCGGGAGGGAGUCCUGCUCGUCGCGCGCGUAUGUGUACGCGUGUCCGUGUGUCGUCGCUCGUGUGUGCCUUGUGCGAGCCUCCUCGCGCACAGUCGUUCGCCUUUCUCGCCUCGACGGCUGGUGCGGUGCCGCCGGCGCGUAUGUACGCGUCGAAGAAGAAGAAGCAGCCGUCGCCAGUGUGUGUGUAAUAAGUGAGUGUGCGUCUCCCUCCCUCCGCAGCCGUCGUCGGUGAUAUGUGCAUUACGUGUGUGCGCGCCAGCGCGCGCGUGCACCGUGCGUUAGUUCAGCACUCGUGUGUUGCGCAACGGCGGCGCAAGUGUGACGAUACUUUCGCGUAGCGUUCUUCAAGACGUCGCGCGUUAUCAGCGUCUCUCUCUCUCUCUCUCCCUCUCGGCUGAGUGUGAGUGUGUGUGUUCUCUCAUCCGGUGUGUCGUGUGCCUGUGCGUGCGUGCGUAUGUGUGCACGGAGUCUUCUUUUCGUCGAAGACGCGAUCGACGUAGGCACUGAGAAGAAGCGCGGCAGCUCCGCGUUAGUUUGUCUACUUCGGAGGGAUACGGAUGCUGCUGUUGCUGGUUUGCCAGCGUUGUUCCCGUGGGAUUUAUCGCGACAGCCGCAACUGUUGAUCGGAGAUGCAGAACUGAUCAGAGGCACGUCGAUCGGCCGAGGCGCGGUUCCGAGUCGGAAGAUCGGAAGAAAGGACCGCACGCGCUAGGCUGAUGUCGAUCGAGAAGAGAACCGCUCGGUGCACGGGUUACCUCGCGGAUUGACACGCGGGGGACAAGCGGAGAGAGGAAGAGAGAGGAGAGCAAGAGUGUGAGAGAGAGAGAGAAGGAGGGUGGGAGGGAGAGCGGCUUCGUCACCGGGAUUUCGAGAUACGACAACGCGCACGGAUGGUCGCGGGAUCUUCCACGACGUCGUCGGAGUAAUCAAGGUGGGUCAAGCAAAAGUGUGCUCGGGUGGUGUGUCGUGAUCGUCGAUAGGCAGUGGGCUCUGUGAUCGUGGUGUCGUGUUUAUCGGCGGAUCAGUGUUAUUGUCGGGAGUGCAGAGUGGUGAUUGAGAGGGGGAGAGAGAGAGAGAGAGAGAGAAAGAGAGGUGGUUGUUGCUCGUCCCGAAUCGAUCGGUGAAUCGUCGAGUCGAGAAUUAACGACAGGAUCGCGGGUGGUGAAGGCCGAAAAGGUGUUGGGAUAUAUCAGGUUCCGCGCGUGGAGGAAGCCGGUGGCGAGUGCGCGCGAUAACAGUGGGGCCGAGCGGAAAGGAAGGAAAGAGAGAGAGAGAGAGAGCGAGAUACGUCCGGAUAAAUCGCGAAUAUCGUCGAGCCGAGAGUAGCCGCGAGAGAGUGGAGUGAUGUGUUCGAUGGACGAGGCGCGUCUCGCGGGCGGUGGUCGUCGUCGGGGUAACGAUAACGCGUGUCGCGCGCGCUGCCACUACCUGGGAUCCGUGAGAAAAGGCGGGCAGUCGGUGAUCAGGCUGGCGGGCGCCGGGGAAACGUUUCCAAGGGCAUGGCGACCACGCCACUAGGCGGUCGCCUCCCUAACGUAAACCGCAAAGGACCAUCUCCGUGUGUCGGUGGUGGUGGUGCUAGUAGUAGUAGUAAUAAUAAUAAUAAUAAUAAUAAUAGUAGUAGUGGUGGUGGUAACGGCAGCAACAGCAACGCGAGUAACGGUAACAACAGCAACGGUUUAGCGAGCGGACAGUCCCGGCGGCAGGAGAGAGCGCUGGUCGGUCGUGAGCACCGCGACCAUCGCCACCAUCAUCAUCACCAUCACCAUCAUCAUCAUCACCAUCAUCAUCACCAUCAGGGUCGGGACAGGUCGUUGUCGUCGUCGUCCGGCCAGCAGCGUGAGCCUAAAGCAAGCACGGUGGCUGCUAACGCCGGUGAGCUGGAUCCGGCCGCGACUAAUGCGACCAACAACUUCGAGUACGACGACAACGAAUGGGACAUCGGCAUAGGAGACCUGAUAAUCGACCUUGAUGCGGACAUUGAGAAGACGAGGGACGAGAAAUUGAGCUCGGGGACAGGCAUGGCUUCUACGCCUGCCUCGGCAGCAUCGGCAACGAAUAACGCGAAUCAUCAUCAGUUGCAGAACUCGGCGGGCAGCGGCAGCACCGGCAGCAGCAUCGGACAAUCGUCGUCGUCCUCCGCAUCCUCGUCGUCCCUCUCGUCGUCGUCGUCGUCGUCUUCGUCGUCGUCGUCGUCCUCCUCCUCGUCGUCGUCGUCGUCCACCUCCUCCUCCUGCGGCGUCAACUCGGCGCGCUCCAGCAGCCCCGGCGGCGCCAACAGCGCCGGCGGCAACGGCGCCGGCGGCAACGCGAACGGCACGUCAACCGUGGCCGGUAACAAGCAGCAGCCCACGGGCGUCGUGAGCGGCGUGAACGCCGUCCACGGUAACGCCGGCAAUCCCGGCAAGAUGGCCGUUGAACACUCGGCCACCGUCGACAAGGGCCUCAAGAUGAAGAUCAAGCGCACGAAGCCCGGCACGAAGACCAGCGAGGCCAAGCACGAGAUCGUCAAGUCGAACGAGAUCAACGGGACCGCGGGCCCGACGCCGGCCGCCACGGCGCCCCAACAGACUCAGGGACCACCGCCCAGCUCGAGGACGGGUUUUUCCGUCUCCCAGGGCCCGGGACCGCCCGCGACCAGCGCCGCGGCGCCCUGCCCGCCGCCCAGUCCGGCGAGCGCCACCGCCGCCGGUGCGCCCGCCAAGCCGGAGCAGACCAAGGUCGCCGCGGUGCCCGGCCCGCCGUUGACCACCCAGGCCGAAGAGGCCAUGGACACUGCCGCCAGCCCCCCGCCCGCCAAGAAGAUGAAGACUUCCGAACCAAAGGACAUGUCCGACGUGUGCGUUGGGACCAGCGUGGGGACCAUUACAGAGCCGGAGUGUUUGGGGCCCUGCGAGCCCGGCACCUCCGUCACCCUCGAGGGCAUCGUUUGGCACGAGACUGAAGGAGGCGUAUUAGUGGUGAACGUCACGUGGCGCGGCAAGACGUACGUCGGCACGCUUCUGGAUUGCACCCGCCACGACUGGGCGCCGCCCAGGUUCUGCGACUCGCCGACGAGCGACCUGGACGCCCGGACGCCGAAGGGCCGCGGCAAGCGGGGUCGCGCCGCCGCCAACUCCACGCCCGGCAACGACCUGAGCAACUUCACCGAGACCAGGAGCUCGGUGCACAGCAAGCUGCGCAACGGCGGCAAGGGUCGCAGAGGCGCGCAGGGUUCGCCCGCCGCUAGUCCGAGUCCGGCGGCGUUCGUGCCGCCGCGUCCGGACCCAGCGGCCAAGCGCAAAUCCCGCGGCCCCGAGGAGGAGGAGAAGAACAAGCGGCGGGCACCGCCGCCUACUCCGCCGAGCGGCUCGCCGCCGGCGAGCCCGGUGUUGCUCGAAUGCCCGGAGCCGAAUUGCAGCAAGAAGUACAAACACAUCAACGGGCUGAAGUAUCACCAAAGUCACGCGCACGGCUCCGCGGACGACGACGACACGAAGGAGGGCAUCACGAGCAUGUCCGAGAACGACGAGAGCAAUAUCGAGGCGCCGAGUCCGGCCACGCCGGUGAAGUCGCCGGCGGACAAGCCGGAGGGCACACCGGUCCGCGCGGCGAGUCCACCGGCGACGGGUCUGCCGCCGGAAACUCCACCGCCACCUCCCCGAGUACCAUCACCGAGUAUAGAACCUCCCACGCCCGCCGUGCUCGCGGACAAGAGCAUCGUCAAGCCGGGUGUCUUGAGGUUCGGUCAAGACGACCUGCCGGCGCCCAGUCCUGUGGCGCCACCCUCGUCGAGGCAAACCUCGGUGCAGCAGCAGCAGCAGACGUUGCAGCAACAGCAGCAGCAACAACAGAGCCAGUCGUCGUUAAGCUCGUCGAAUCCGCCGCAGAGCCCGAGCCCGCACACCAGUCAGUCUCCCAGGCCCGUACCCUCGCCGCACCCGAGCACAAACAUCCCCCAGCCCAUCAACAUACCGCAACCGCCGCAGCCUUCGCAGGUGCCGCAGCAGCAUCAGCCGCAGAAUCCGCUGCUGCAGCAGGCGCAGCAGUCGCUGCAGGUCGGCCAAGCGCCGCAACAACUGCAGCCUAGCCAACAGCAACUGCAGUCUUCGGUGCAACAGCAACUGCCGCCGGCGCAUCAGCUGCAGCCGAUGCAGCAUCCUCUGUCGGCGCAGCUCGGCCAGCCGACGCAGGCGCACGUGGUGCAGCAGUCCGGGCUGCAACAGCAGCAACAGCAGGCGAGCCUGCAGAGUAUAGCGAGCCAACACCCGGGUCUGCAGGGUCUCGCGAGUCAGGUGUCGCAGCAGGCGAGUCUGCAGGCGGCGCCGCCGCCUCCCGGCCACCCGGGUCAAGGUGUACAGUCGCACCUGCAGCAGUACCAGAGCGUGUCGCUGCACACGGCCAAGGUGCCGCAGUUCAAGGUGAAGCCGACCGCGGCGCUCAUGCCGGAGCAGGACAAGAGCAAGAACGAGGCGCGCACCCCGAAGCCGCAGGGCUACAAGAAGAAGUCGCGGAAGUCGCCCGGCGGCAGCCCGCACCCCUCGCCGCUGGAAGCACCCAUCGUCGACUCGGCGCGCGACGACGUCCAGAGUCCGGCCUACUCGGACAUCUCGGACGACGCGGCGCCGGUGCUCGAGGCCGAGCCGGCCGACAAGUCGAAGCAGAGCCAGGACAAGGAUAACAAGACGAGUGCGCCCACGCACCUACCUGCCCACUUCAGCAUGUAUCCGUACUACAGCCAGGCGCCGUACCUGAUGCCCACCGUGCAGGAGAGCAAGCCGGUGGUCGACCAGAAGCCGAGCGACCUCACGCCCAAGCAGGAGAUCAAGCCGCUCAAUAUACCGCAGAUGCCUUCGAUGGCGAGCCUACAGAGCGUCGUAUCGGAAAAGGAGAAGAAGGAGCUGAGCCAACCGGUGCCGCAGCCGCAGCAACAGCCGCAUUAUUACGGCGGCUACGGCGGCUACAUGCCACCGGGUUACCCGUACCAGCCGCCGCAGCCGGUGUCGCAGCAGCAGAGCCAACAGUCGCAGGAGCCGGAGCCGCACGAGCAGAAGGCGAAGAUCAAGCAGGAGCCGCAGCCGCAGCCGAGUCUGAAGGACAAGCAGCACGAGAACCAUCAGAUUCUCAAGGAGAGCCUCGACCUGAAGAACCAGAUGGGCACGUACCACGUGUACCACGGUUCGCAGAAUCAACGAGGCGGACCGCCGCCGCCGCCGGGGCCUGUGCAAGACGACAGGAGGUACUACAUGUACCCGGAGCAGAGGCGGAAGGACGACUCGAACAAGCAGAAUCAACAGCCGAAGGCGCCGCCGCCCAGCCCGAAACACCAGCCGAAGCAGGAGAAGCCGCAGGAUCUCGGCAAGAGCGACGACUCCAAGAGCAAGCAAGAGGGCGUCAAGCCGACGAUGGAGACGCAGGGACCGCCACCGCCGCCUACCUCGCAGUACGCUUACAUCCAUCCCACCUACAUGCAGGCGCAACACUACGGCGCGUUGCCGUUCGACCCGGGUCACCCGGUCUACCGCGGCCUCAGCCCCAUGAUAAUGCCCGCGCCCUACUCGGGCGGGCCCUACCUCCACCAGCUGCCCAGGUAUCACGCGCCGGAGGACCUCAGCCGGCCGCCUGGCGGCAAGGCGUUGGAACUGCUCCAGCACCACGCGAAUCAGUAUUACUCGGCGCACAAGAUACACGAGCUCCAGGAACGCGCUCUCAAGUCGCCCACGCCCAAGACGUCCGCCGCGUCCUCCAGCCCGUCCUCGGCGGGUCCCACGCCAGCACGGCCGCCCAGUGGUCCACCGACGUCGGUGGCCGGUCCGGGUCCACCGCCGGGACAGGGGCAACCGCCGUCGGGCAAGCAGCCGGGACAGCCGGGUGGCCAGCAACAGCCGCAGGGCGCGGUGGACGCCAGCAGCGGGACUCUCGGCAAGGAUAACAGGUCACCUCCGCCGCAACGGCACGUGCACACGCAUCAUCACACCCACGUGGGCUUGGGUUAUCCCCUGCUCACGGGACAGUACCCCGCCCCCUACGGAGCGGCAGUGCUGGCGAGUCAGCAGGCCGCCGCGGUAGCCGCCUCGGUGAUCUCGCCAUUCCCGCCCAAGUGACCCGCGGCCCCCGUCAUGCCCGGCGGAACCGCCGGGGGCAACUCCGCACAAGCCCACCACACGCAUCCGGCGAGCGGCGCGCCCGGUGCGGGACACCCGCACGGUACCGCCGCCGGCGGCGGCAGGCAACCGUAGGAGGCCGUAGCAGAGACCAGUUGGCAUCCGGUUGGAUCCCGAUCGAUCUGCGGGCGAGCUAACGAGCCUAGCUAACGAGCGAGCAAGCUAGUGAGUCAGCUAACGCCGCUGGUGUAGCGGGGCACGUGCACCUCCCUGUUGUCGCUUUCCUCUUCCCGAGAUCAGGACCAAGGUGUAGCCGCCAAAGAGUAGAGGCUGACGUGUUCCCUACGGGCUGAUAAGAAUGCACCGUGUGAUGCCGCUUCGUUGGGCUUCAUCGACCGAAGGGUUUUUGAGGAGAGGCAAAGAGAGAAAUAGAGAAAUAGAGAAAGAGAGAGAGAGAGAGAAGGGGAUGGGGGGAGGACGAAUCAGUAGAUGCGCGAGAUAUCCUAUAAUGGAUGCUGUCGUUUCUUUCCCUUUGGCGACCAUCGGAGUUAUUGGGAGCCGCAGAAGGCUGAAGAAAGAAAGGGAGAGAGACCACCGGGACGAUAGGAUGUUCUGCGCGUGCAGUGUUUGUUGUUCGCUUCCUUAACGAUGCGUGGUGAUAAGGAGUACCGGCGGUCUUCCGGCGGAGAUGUUAAUCGGGACUUCGGAGUGCCGCUGGACAAGCUGAUCCACGUGAUAUCUCCCGAUCACCGAGUUCCUCCACCGAGACCGACCGUAGUAAGGCGUGGACUUCAGUUGAGGUGUGUUUAGAGUGUGAUGCGCGACAUCGUUCGUUUCUUCGACGAUGACAGCCUCCUCCGAGACGUCAGGCUGGGGUCUUCUGUUUCACUGAGGCAGGGAGUACCGUUGCCUUGCGCUCAGGAUGUCAGAAUGAUCAGGGCGUGUGUUCCGUGUGUUGUCCGUAUCCACCGCGAGAGCCGAGCCAGAGGGCGGCUUUUGAACACGCUGAUCUUCAAGAUUUCCUAGUAGAACCGCGACUACUUGACGAUCAUCAGGGACGUUUGAGAGAGGGCGAAGGAAAUCUGGCGGACUCGUCGUACGUCGCUCGCGAUCUUCCACAUGGUUAGGUCUCUUCGUGUCGAUCGGUAAACAGCGACGUGGCGUGCACCGAGUCCGUCGGAUGAACUCGAUCUCUCGGAGGGAACGAUAAGAGAC